CCAGACAAAUACAGAGUUAAACUUUGUUAUGGGGCGUUCAGAUGGAUUUCUAGGAAGGAAUUCUACACGAGAUACGAAGAAGAAUUUCAAACAUGCCAGUUGGGUGAAUUUAUUAUGGAUGAAGAUGAAGAGGAUCAGAAUCAUAAUGAUCCUGAACUUAUUAAGAAAGUUCAUAACCUUGAGGACGAGUUAUAUCAGGUUUUGAUUGGCAUGGAUGAAUCAGCAUGGAGGUAUAAGCAUUUUGUCGAAGGAGGAAAGAAACGACGAUUACUUGCUCAUAAAGUAUCAGCCGGUCCGUACAACAAAAAUGAGUACACUAUGGUUGCGAGGGUUUUGAGAGGUAUGUUUGUUCCAAAGGUUGCAGAAUCAAUCGAUCGAAACAAAGUGAUCUCCUCGCCCAAGAAGAACAGGGAAGUCAAAAUACUGCGACAAAAUGAUGGAGCGCAACCAGCAUUUUAUAGGUAUUCAGAGGAAUUAAAACUUCGAUUCGUUAAUGACGUUUUGCUUCCUGAAACCAUAAUAAGAUUAAUUAUGGAAAAAGAAGAAAUUGAUUAUGAGACAGCGGAGGAUAAAAUGCUGACGGGAAAUAGGGAGGAUGAAUGGGUGGAAGAUCUCCUUGCCGAAAGAACCAGUUUUCAGGUUGGUAGAGAAAGUUUACGUGAAAAAGCAUAA